AUGGCGAGAGCCUCCCGGCGCGUGACUGGCCGCCGUCUCUCCUCCAUCUUUGUCGCCCGUCAGGUCUACGUCCCCACCGUGUUCGAGAAGUACACGGCGUCCCUCCAGGUCGGUGGCAAACCCGUGAAGAUCCACCUCUGGGACACAGCAGGGCAGGAAGACUACGACAGGCUUCGCCCGCUGUCCUACUCGGACGCCAACGUUGUCCUCAUCUGCUUUGAUGUCACCAACCCCAACAGCUACGACAAUGUCCUAACGAAGUGGUACCCAGAGGUGAACCACUUCUGCAAGGGCAUCCCAGUGCUGGUGGUGGGCUGCAAGACCGACCUGCGCAAGCAGCAGGAGGGACACCUGGAGCCCAUCUCCUACCAGAAGGGAGAGGCCAUGGCCCGGCAGGUCCGCGCCGUGUCCUACUUGGAGUGCUCGGCCAGGUACCAGGAGAACAUUGGGGACAUCUUCGUGGAAGCCUGCGGUGCCGCCUUGAGCGCUCAAAGGAGGAAGAGGAGGAAGACAGCAGUCCUGGAGUGUCCUUCUCACUCUCUUCAGAAGAGUCGGAGAUGGAGCCCGAGGAAGAAAGGAUCCGUUACAGCCAAAGACUGGUCAGUACUGGCCCUAAACAACGAAAUUCUGUUCUUGGUUCUGUUGUAA